AUCACCACCAAACAGCAGGCAAACACACAGCACAUCCUCCUGACAUCCAACGAGUACAUACAUACGAGCAGCUUAGUAGUAGAACGAAGCUGAGAUCAUCGAUAUGGUGGCCGCCCAGGCAGCUGCUGCGCUCGUUCUUGGGCUCCUCCUCGCCGUGCUUGUCGCGCAUGGCGCCCGCGCGCAGUCGGCGAACGACACCUCCCCCGCCGUCCGCCAACUCCUCGGCUCCGGCGGCGGCUGGCUCCCGGCCAAGGCCACCUGGUACGGCGCGCCCAACGGCGCCGGCCCCGACGACAACGGUGGCGCGUGUGGCUUCAAGGGCACCAACCAGUACCCGUUCAUGUCCAUGACGUCGUGCGGCAACGAGCCCCUGUUCCAGGACGGCCAGGGCUGCGGCGCAUGCUACGAGAUAAAGUGCACCAGCAAGGACAACCCCGCCUGCUCCGGGCAGCCCAAGCGGGUGAUGAUCACGGACAUGAACUACUACCCGGUGGCCAGGUACCACUUCGACCUCAGCGGCACGGCGUUCGGCGCCCUUGCGAUGCCGGGCCUCAACGACAGGCUCCGCCACGCCGGCAUCAUCGACAUCCAGUUCCGGCGGGUGCCCUGCGACAACCGGGGGCUCACUGUCAACUUCCACGUGGAGCAGGGCUCCAACCCCGUCUACCUCGCCGUGCUGGUCCAGUACGCGGACAAGGCGGGCACCGUGCUGCAGAUGGACCUCCUCGAGUCCGGCUCCAGCUACUGGACGCCGAUGCGGCGCUCCUGGGGCUCCGUCUGGCGGCUGGACUCCAACCACCCGCUGCGGGCGCCCUUCUCGCUGCGCGUCCGCGGCGAGUCUGGCCAGACGUUGGUGGCCUACAACGUCAUCCCGGCCAACUGGAGGCCCAACACCGACUACCGCUCCUACGUCCAGUUUAGCUAAGCGAUCGGUCACUUCGUAAACAUAUCUACGGUAUGGUGUGAUUGCAAGUUCGUUUUGCAAUGUGUUUGACGAUUUUAAGAGACAAUGUUGUCUUUUGUGCGCGCGCACUUGGGUCGCGUGUGAAAUGGAGGAGGCAGAGUGUUUUAUUCAUGUAUGCUCUCCCGUCCACCGACGAAAGUGUAUACAAGUAGUAUGUGCUUUGAUGAAUAGAUUGAUACAGUGUGUAACCAAUUCGUGGGGUAUGCCUCGUCAAUGGAUUUUUUUAAAGAGA